AUGUCAGAAAUCAAGAAAGAGGAACAGCAACCAUCACCACAUCUACAGGUCGAGACUGAGCCAUCUCUAACAGCAGAACAAGCGCCUGUUCCUGAGGAAAAGAACGACGCUGAGGCGACCGUCCCUACACUACCCCAGAUCAUCAUCAAUAAUAAUGAACUAGAAGCACCAGAACUAGCCAUCAAUGGCGAUGAAUUGAUACUAGACGAACCUCAAACGCCUGUACCUACCGAUGCCUCCAUUCUGUCUGAAAGCACGAUACCUGAUGAGACAUCCACCACAUCAUCACACUCCACCUUGAUACCUGAAUCACUGCACAAUGACGAUACACAGCCAAUUCAUAUGGAUGAGUCAGAUUUCCAAGGACCAGUGAUUGAUUUCUAUCGAAACAAGAAUAUUUUGAUGACAGGUGCUACUGGUUUCAUUGGAAAGGCCAUUUUAUGGAAGUUGAUACAGGCUUUGCGACAAGACUUGGGUUCUAUUUACAUCUUGAUUCGUAGUGGCAGUAUUAAACGUAGCAAGAUUGGCAGGCCCUCUGAGAGGCUUCGAAAUGAGAUAUUCAACAAUAAGGCAUUCUUGAUCCUUAGACGUAUGAUGGGAAAGGCAACAUUUGACUCUAUCGUCAAGAAUAAAAUCAUUCCCAUUUCCGGUGAUAUUAUUUCACCAGAUCUGUCCAUGUCUGAAGUGGAUCGAGAGAAGAUUACUGAAAACGUAAAUGUUGUGAUACAUUGCGCAGCCACAUUGAAUUAUAGUGAAAGAUUGGAUCUGGCAUUAGAGACAAAUACACUGGGUACGCUUCGCAUGAUGGAUCUAGCAGAUGAAUGCAAGCAUAUGGAGGCGUUUAUUCACAUGUCACUGGCUUACACGGAUCCCAACUUGCCUAAUGGUCAUAUUCAGGAACGAGUGUAUCCAAUGCAGGUAGGCGACCCUGAGGAAUUAUUGACGGAAAUUGUGGAUCUGGAGCUACAGGAUAUUCCAAAAAUGACUCAACGUAUUUUGGCCUACUACCCAAACACUUAUACAUUCACCAAAUCACUUACCGAGCAUCUGAUCAUGAAGCGUGUUGAUCUGAAUCGCAUUGAGGAAGCGCAGGGCGGAAAAGCGCAGUGGCCAGUUGCUAUUGUCAGAGCAACUCAAGUAGGUGCUGGAGCGUUUGAGCCUUUGCCUGGCUGGGUGGACGGUGUUACAGGUGCAAAUGCUGCCGUGUUCUUGAUGGGCAAAGGUAUCCAGGUACUACAGCCUGACAUGGGCACAUUAGUAGCCGAUAUUGUGCCUGUAGAUUACCUGGUCAGAGCAGUGCUUGGAAGUGCGGCCUUCAUGACACCGCCAGGCUACCGCUUUCUGUUACCGUACAACGAGGUGUUGGCAGAUGGUGUCGACACAAACAGCAUCAAUGUACCCAAUAUGCAGUAUUUCCCUUACAUUUACCAAGUAUCAGCCUCUGGAUUCGAUGAAACAACAUGGCACCAAGCAUAUGACUCAGUUCGUUCCUACUGGCUGCGUAACACCAAGCUGGUCUUGCCUACAGCGCAAGAGUACUUUGUAGCCAACAGAUCACUGUUCAAAGCCAAGUUUUUCAUGAAGUACAGCUUGCCACAAUCACUGUCUUCGGUGACCAGCGCUAUCAGCAAUGCCAGUGGCGUCGGUGGAAAGGCAGGUGCGACAUCUGAUGCCAACUCGCUGAACCGAACGAUUGAACUUGCGUCCCGAGUGAUUGACUCUUUGCAGCCAUUUCUGCGUCACUCUUGGGUAUUUGACCACCAAAACGUACAACAAAUGGAGCACGACAUGCAACAUGAUGCACAAUUCAACUUGAGUCGUUUUAAGCACAUGGACUGGGACACGUACAUGACCAAUUUUGCAUUUGGCGUGCAUGCUUAUAUCACCCCUGCACCGCCAUUGAGUCUGCGAAACAUCACUGUGCCUGAGGGAUGGGCGUGUUCUCUGUACUUACACCCUGGAGCCGCCCAACACUCAAUCAUUGAUAGACAGAUUGAGUCUGUCAUCUUUAGUGCGUCUGAUAUCCAAAAGAGAACAGAGCGCAUGCUGAAUGAAUUGGUAUUAUCGCUUGAGAAGCCUGGACAAGAGCUCAAGGAUAAGAAGAAAAUGGAGGAAUGGGUGAAUGAUUUUGAUGCUAGUCUAGAUGAUUGGUGUCAUGAUGACUCGGACAUACUUAAGAACAAGGACAAUAUGGUAAAUUUAGGACAUUGGGCUAAACAAUCAGAAUCGCAUGAGGAGCACAUUCGAAUUGAAGUGCUCAACGACAGAAGAGUGGGACAGAGCAUUCGACAGAUCAUCGAGACGUCAGGCGUGCCACAAAGCACGGUGGUGGGCGAAUCUCUGAAAAUCCUGCAGAGAAUGAAGGAAAGAACACAGCUGCCCUAUAUCUGGUCUGCCGGUGCUUUUCUUAACGCUUUGUUCAAGCGUCUUUUUAGUAGUUUGCGUAUCAAUGAGAUGGAUAUUGCUCGCUUGAAAGAGCAGAUUCAGGGCAAAAAUAUCGUCUAUGUACCUGUUUCCAAGACGAUCAUAGAUCAGCUGCUGGUAUGGUAUAUUUGCUUGAGAUAUCACUUGCCUGUCCCUGCUAUUGUGUGCGAUGAAGCGUUGGCUUUAUUGGGCCCCAUUUCUGAUAUCCUGAGAAUCUCAGGUGCGUAUUUUGUGCGUCGAGACCUCGCCUCGCGUUCGCCUCUCAACACAGCUGUCGCAUCUGCUUAUACUGAAGUGCUGCUGAAAGAGCACGGCGCUUUGUCCAUGGUUAUUGAAAGAGCUCGUUCUCGCACUGGCAGAUUACAGACUGCGUAUCAUGAUGGACUGAUGAACAUGGUGAUUGAAGGUACACUGGGACACAACCAACAGCAAAAGGAGACGCCCAAGCAACUAUCACCACUACCUACCCCUGCUGGAUCAUUCUCUUCUCUGUCCAUCAAGAAAGAAACAGUACUGGUUCCUGUCAAUAUUACCUACGAGAAGAUCCCUGAAUUGAGAACACUGAUCGAUCAGGUGCUCGACCAAAAACCGCGUAAUUUGACUGUAACAUCGUCCUUCCUUCGUCCCAGUGCUUCUGUGGCUGACAGAGCUGCUACAAAAGACAAUGGUGUUAUUGAAAAGGGCAAGUAUGGGCGUGCCUUUGUUGGGUUUGGUAAUGUCAUUGAUGUUCGCCAGGCUGUCAAGGAAGCCAGCUUACCUGCAAACAGCAAUAAGCGAUUGAGCACUGUCGCUGUCAAAGACGAAGACGCUGUAGCUGACUAUGUGGCUCGUAAAGUACAAAAAGGCCAACAUGAAGCUGCUGUAGUGAGUCCAGUGACACUGGUCGCUGCUACUAUCUUGUUUGGACGCGCUACUGGUGGCAUUCCCAUAGGCAAAAUCAAUAAGCAUGUCUCUUGGUUGCGCGAGGAGCUGGUAGAGAGAAAGAUCAGCAUUGAUUGGCAAGCAGACGAGGAUGUGUCUACCAUUGUUGCUUAUUCAAUGAAUCUGCUGGAUGCUCGCAGUAAUGUCACCAUGGAUGGCAAGCGCAUUACCGACCAAACUGUUGUUCGCGUGGUGGAACACGCUGAUAAUGUCAUGGAUCUAUCCUACAUGGCUAGUCAACUGAUCGAAAUCUUUUUGCCUGAAGCCUUAUUUGCUGUGGUCUAUCUGUCUGGCGUCAAGGAGACGAACAAGAAGGAUCUGUACGCACAGUUCACCUUCUUGGUUCGUCUGUUUAAGCACGAGUUUAUCUAUCCUUGGAGCAGAGAAGAGAAAUUCAACACACUGCUGGAUUGGUUUGUCAAAAAGAACUUACUGGUAGUCAAUGAAGAGGGACAGUAUACCAAGGCUGUGACCAUCGAGAACAACGAAGCGGAAUAUACCAGAGUCUGUCUGUUGGCAUCGUUCAUUUACCCCACACUGGAUGCCUACUGGAUCACAUCCUGCUCGUUAUCGGCGUUGCGUGAUUUACCCUACAUGCCUCGCAAAAUUGUGCCUGUGCUCUCGCAGUGGAUCGCUGCUCAUCUGAUCACUGGAAGACGCACUGUGUACCGCGAAGUAUUAUCGACUGAGGCAAGUCAGAACGCGGUAGACAAUUUUUUGGCCAUUGGUUUCAUCGACGCUGUGCAUCCCAAGACCAAGCUGUCUCCAGAUGCUCAAAUUCUGUUGCUUGAACUAGGUGUUACUACCAAUGAGGAUCUCGUCAUGGUAUCCAGUAGAAAGAACGAUGAGUUGGACGAUGUGUCUUCCAGUGCCCACCACGAAAGCGAGAACAUUUUGUUGAAACUGGACGACAUUGCCUCCCUUUGCCAUGAGAUUGAAAAGUACAGGUUUGUCACAGACAAUGUCAAUUCCAAGCACAAUGCACAAGUAUUCGAUAAAUGUCAGAAUCAGAUUCGAUCUAUUUUGAGAGCGGAUCAGAGUUACGCUGCUCAACACGGUAUGCAGUUGGAUAAGGAAGAGGAUCAAAUGAUUCAGCUGGUAUAUUCCCUCAAGGCAGCGUCAAGCACACCUGUUUUAUCUGAUGAUGGAUCUGGAAAGCAUUCACGAAGAGUGUCUCAAGCAUACAACCUCAAGUCUUCUUAG